CAUUUUGGCAUUUCCUCCGCUCGUCUUCGAGACUUCCAUCGCCACCGUUUACCCCUCUUUCUCAUGUCCCUUCUGCUCUGUUUCUCCUCUUGCUCAUCUCUUCUCCCCCUUCUGCUCCCGGCGGCUUUCUCGACGAUUCUAUUCCGGACGGUUGCUUUUGAUGCUAAGUGGUCCUCAUCUCGCCGAUACAAUCCUUGAUUUGUGCUUGGAUUUGUGAUUGUGGUUUGGUCUCUUGCUUAUUCCGGUUUACUUCGUAUCUGGACGAGCUGGCUAUCGAGAACAAGCACAGGGUCGGAUUUGCGAGGAGCAAGCAGAAGAAGGUGAUGGUGGGUCCGAUGGUCCAGUCGGGGGACGAGGAUGCUGGUGGCCCGUCAUGGCUGAAGCCGCUCCUGAGAACGGUCUUCUUCGUUCCCUGUAAGAUCCAUGUAGACUCCAGCAAGAGCGAGUGCAACAUGUACUGUUUGGAUUGCAUGGAAGAAUCACUCUGCUCCUAUUGCCUCUCCCUUCACAAGGAUCACCGUGUCGUUCAGAUUAGGAGAUCAUCGUAUCACAACGUGAUCAGGGUGUCGGAGGUUGCCAAGUUUAUAGACAUCUCCUGCGUUCAAACCUACGUUAUAAACAGCGCCAAGAUCGUCUUCCUCAACGGGAGGCCGCAGCCGAGGCCCGGAAAAGGCGUGACCAACACAUGUGAGAUUUGCUGCCGAAGCCUCCUGGAUUCCUUCCGGUUCUGCUCCCUGGGAUGCAAGCUUGGAGGCAUGGAGACGGACCCGGCGCUCACCUUCAAUCUCCGCCCGAAACCAGGCCGUGACUCGCUCUAUGGUUUGGAGUCGGACACUUCGUCGUCCCCCAGAAAGCUCCGGAAGACGUCAUCGGCCUUUAGCCGCAGGAUCGAAGUGCCUAUCUCGCAUUUGGAAGACGACGCAACCGCCACCAGCCGCAGCAUUUCACCCGGAACGCCUCCCAUCGUCAGCUACCGGACAUCCAAGCGAAAGGGUACACCCCACCGAGCUCCCUUCUGAGAGGACCGGUAAAUGACGAGUAAAAUAUAUCUCAUAAUUAAGAAGCCAGUAUGAUGCAGGAAGAUUUCGAAAGCAGCUUAAUUAGCUCACCAUGUCUGUAAAAAGUAGUGGAUACGGUACUUGUAGUGAUUGUGGUAUACGGUCAAAGAGACCAGUGGUCAGUUGUACAUAAUAUUAGAAUGCAGUGCUCUCUCUCUCCUCUCAUUUCCUAAGAUCUGAGCGUUCGAGGAGGAUUGUGUAGCUUUUCCCUCUUCCUCUUCUUUUUAGUAGAUGAUACGCCUUCUUUUA